AAAUCUCUCUCUCUCUCUAAAAAAAAAAAGAAAGACACCAAUAAAAACUCCUACGCUACGCGGCAUCGUCCUCGGUGCGGUUACUCCCGGCGACGACGACCACACCGAGGCGAGUCAGCCAUGAAUCCCUUCGCGAAGAAGCCAACGCCCCGAGAGGUGAUGCGGAGCAGCAAGCGCGACCUGACGAAUGCUACACGAGGAAUCGAGAGGGAUAUUGCAACAUUACAGCAAGAGGAGAAGAAGCUAGUUGCUGAAAUCAAAAGGACUGCAAAAACUGGCAAUGAGGCAGCAGUGAAAAUUCUAGCCCGUCAGCUGAUCAGGUUAAGGCAGCAGAUUUCUAACUUACAAGGUAGCCGUGCUCAGAUUCGGGGGAUUGCGACACAUACACAGGCAGUGCAUGCCAACACUUCAGUAGCUACUGGCUUGCAAAGUGCAAGCAAAGCGAUGGGGGCUUUGAAUAAGCAAAUGGCACCUGCCAAGCAGAUGAAGGUAAUGCAAGAAUUCCAAAAACAGUCAGCACAAAUGGAUAUGACGAAUGAGAUGAUGUCUGAUUCCAUUGACAAUAUCUUAGACGAUGAUCAGGCUGAGGAAGAGACUGAAGAACUUGCUAACCAGGUUCUGGAUGAGAUUGGUGUUGAUAUUGCCUCACAGUUGUCCUCCGCUCCUAAAGGAAGAAUCGCUGGAAAGAAGGUUCAGGCUGAUGAAAGUUCAGAGCUGGAGGAACUAGAGAAGAGGCUGGCUGCUCUGAAAAAUCCAUGAGACGGCACCUGUUCGCAAACCUUUCUCUACGCACAUAAUCAUCCUGCCGUGUACUUCGUUUCAAAUUCUUAUUAGAAACUCGAGAGCUUGCAUUUGUAAAUACUGGAUGGAAGAUGGUGCGAGCACCAGAUGUUACUGCAGUUCACAUACAAGCCAUCACGCAGAAGGUGAUGGUGCUGUGCUUAACGUGACGUGAAUCAGGGCACGGAGAGCUUCGUUAGGCCAGCGACGAUACAUGGUUGUGACUUGUGUGAUCGUGUAAAGAAUUUAAAGCUUUUACAUGACGUCCUUUUGUUUCCAA